GUGGGAGAACUGAAGAACAGACUUGAAGAAGAGAAAGGUCUCACCUAAAGCAGAAGGACCCGUCCUCUUCCAAAAGUGUCAGCUCUCCUAACUGCCAUCAAUGUUCUUCCAGCUCUACCUGUGCCACAUUUAGCGCCAUGCACACAGGACUGUUACACGGGGACUGAUGUUCAUAAAGGAGCUUUGCUUGUGAAGUUCCCGAUCCAACUCAGAAGCCGGGUUUGCUCAGUUCUGCAGAGACUGCUGGAAUCAAUGUACUGGAGAUGGAGAAGGAGUCUCCUUUUGGACUAUCCCAUAUUUAUGUCCUUUUCACUACACUGAUGGCGAUUCUCCCUCUGUCCCAGGGAAACUGGAUGUGGCUAGGUGUUACAUCCUUUGGGGUACCAGAGAAACUUGGCUGUACCAACCUUCCCCUUAGCCUUCGCCAAAAGGAAAUGUGUAAGAAGAAGCCAUACUUGUUGUCCAGUAUAAGGGAGGGAGCCAGACUUGGAAUCCAAGAAUGUAGGAACCAGUUCAAGCAUGAGAGAUGGAACUGUUCAGUUUCACCCACCAUUUCUUCUGCCAGUUCAUCAUUUUCCUUAUCUUUCGUAAUGUCAUCAUUGGCAUCAGCUCAUACUAUUUUUGGCUACGAGCUAAGCAGUGGCACCAAAGAAACAUCAUUUAUAUCUGCCGUGACAGCAGCAGGACUUGUGCAUUCUGUAACAAGAGCAUGUAGCGCUGGAAAUAUGACUGAAUGCUCCUGUGACACCAGCCUGCAGAAUGGUGGCUCGGCUAGUGAAGGAUGGCACUGGGGGGGCUGCUCUGAUGAUUUACAGUAUGGAAUGUGGUUCAGUAGAAAAUUUCUGGAUGCCCCAUAUAAAAACUCAAGUGGAAGAGACUCUGAUGUACUAAAUGCAAUGCACUUGCAUAAUAAUGAGGCUGGCAGACAGGCUGUCACUAAACUGAUGACUGUGGACUGUCGUUGUCAUGGAGUUUCUGGAUCAUGUGCUGUGAAAACUUGUUGGAAGUCCAUGUCUUCCUUUGAAAAGAUUGGAAAUUAUCUAAAGAACAAAUAUGAAAACAGCAUACAGAUAUCAGAAAAACUGAAAAGGAAGGUACGCCGCAGAGAAAAGAAUGACCGCAAGAUGCCCAUAUAUAAAGGGGAUCUUGUUUAUACUAACAAGUCCCCAAAUUACUGUGUAGAGGACCAGAAACUUGGAAUAUCUGGAACACAUGGAAGAGAAUGUAAUCGCACCUCUGAAGGAUCAGAUAGCUGUAAUCUACUCUGCUGUGGCCGUGGGUACAAUACACAUGUAGUACGACAUGUGGAAAGAUGCGAGUGCAAAUUCGUGUGGUGCUGCUAUGUACGUUGUAGAAGGUGCGAGAGCAUGACUGAUGUCCAUACUUGCAAGUAACUUUUUCUACAGACAGAAGAGAGCAUGGAAAUAUUAACUACUACAAUUAAGAAGAUGCAAUAAUAAAAUGCUUGGUGCUUAUAAACCACAUAUCAUGAAAACAGACCAAAAAAUGUAGUUCGUGCAUGAAACCAUUAAUUGUUUUGACUUUGCAUUGCUUGCCACCAAGCUCUAUCAUUUUCUUUUCUUUCUGUGCCACCUAAAAGGAUUUAGUUACAGGUUAUUCCAGUGGCAUUAAGUUGCCCCAUCAGAAACUGCCUGGAUCUUACCAGUUUACAAGUUUUCAUCUGUUAGUGAAUAUAGGCACUUCUUGAAGGCUGAGGUACUGUAGCUUGGUACACCUAGCCCUGCAUUUGUAGAGUAGGGCAAAGCAUCAUGAGAUUCAAGUCUUAUGUUAAAACUUAAAAACAUCUUAAAACAGUGCACAAACAAAUCAGGAAUUCACUUGCCGUUUUUGCAUUUGGUUGCCUGAACCAGACAGACAAAGCUUCAUAAAGUUACCCCUUAAUAGGAGAUAAAUGAGUAUUACAGUUUAUCUUCUAAAAUUGUAUUUCUCUUCUCCUGUUCUGCUCAUUUCAUAUUGAGGAUGUCUGCACUUUUCAAUUACACCCCCCCCCCCCACACACACACACAAAGUAAAUAAUCUCUGGACCACCUCAGCAUCCCACAAACUCCUUUGCUCCAUGGACGUAGAAAGAGCAGGUGGGGCAGAGGGAGAUCAGCAAAGUAUGCAGAUCCUCACCAGGCACCCCCAUCCCUCAGAAUGCUCCACAGUCACUGGGUCUACUGUUCCCAUAUUUACUACACUGUUGAGAACACCCAGCCUUUAUAAACGAGACACAAAGACUUCAAAUGAACAAAUCUCAAAUUUAUGUUACAAAAUUGUUAAUUGCAGUAAUUUAAUUCACAACUGCUUAUGAACUGCACUUAUUCAUUCAUCUUUAGUAAUAAGAGGAAGUGAGAUAAUGCAGCCAGCAAACAGCACCAAACCCCAGCUGCACACCACUUGGAGAUCAUUGUAACAUGCAGAGUUAUGCCAAACUGCAGAACAGAUGUACAACAUGCAUAUGUUUGUACUAUAAACAGUGCAGUUUUGCAUAACAGUGUAUGGUAGAAUUAAAAAUCUCUUACCCCAAAAAUAAAGCAUAUAGUCUUAAGGACUGUGACAACUGUCCUUGAUAAUAAACCUAUUUCACAAUUCAGUUCAGCCUAACAGUAUUUUUGCAGCUGCAACCAAUACAACAACAUGAGUCAGUGACAGAUUUUUACCUUUCCUAACUUGCUGAUUUCAGCAUGAGUCAUUUGCAGUGCACUUCCAACAAUCUGCACGGCGCAACUUGUUUGCAGUAGGAAACAAUGUUUGGUUCACAUAGCUUACAAAUAAAUCACAUGUCAAACUAUGAAAUAUUAAGCAUUAUUGGACAGAAAAACUAUUCAUUGUGGAGUUCCUGCAAUUCAUUUCCCCUUUCCAUAAAAACAUAUCUAGCUAGUAUGAAUGAUACAGAACAAAUAUACCAGGAAUAUUUUUACCCAGCCAGAUAUAAUAGCUGCAAAUGAUUUCAGAAUAGUUUGGUUGUAAAGUGCAGCCUUAUUUAGUGCAGCUAUUUCAUGGUACAGUAGAUUUUAAAACCAUUAUUAAAAUUACCAGAGCAGAUGAGGCCUUUUCUGUACAAAUAGUUGUCUUUGCAAAUUAUAGGAGCUGAACCUUAACACUAAUAUAAUGAUAUUUUGAUUUGUUCAUGCAUUUUUAAAUGAUUUUUAAAUGAACCAUUUCAACAGUAUUUUAUGUUAUUACAAUAUUAUUUAUUUGCAAUGAUACUGACCUGCGUAGAUGAUCCUCCAACUGGAUUGUUAAGUGCUUUGUAUACGACAUACAGAGACCAAGACAACAGUGUUUAGCAGCAUUUGGUGACCAGAAAUGUCUCAAUGUAAUUUUUAAAUAUAAGGGUUUUUGAUAUUUAUGAUUUAUGUACUGGUGCAAAUAUAUUAGCCAUUCAAUAACAUUUAUUGGAAAAUAUUAUAUGAUUGGAAACAUAGUUCUUUGUAUGUACAAAUAUUAUAUUUUCAUAUAAAAUCAAUUUGAAGACUGUAAGAACAUUUUGAAAAUGAAAUUGUAAAAAAAAAUACAUUUUUUCUUAAUUGUUACAUGUGUACAUUUUGUAAAUACUUAAAUUAUGCACUUAUUGCUUAAUGGAUAUCACUCCAAUAGCUUUUAUAUUACCCACACUGAUAUUGCUAUUGUGUGGUUCUAUUUUUGCAUCCAACUACAAAAAAAAAAGCAAAAGCCACCUAUACAAAAAGCUUGUCUUUGUUAGAUGUUGUAAAUAGAUAUGGACGUUUCUGCCGUUACUAUGUGGAAAAUGUACAUUUUUUCUCGCAGAAAUAAUAAAAUAUUUAAUA